AUGGCCGCCUCCGUCGCCCGCGGCUCCAUCAGCCGUCACCUCGCGGCCGGCACGCCCUCGCUCCGGCGCCGGCUCCUCGCCGCCCCCGUGCAGCGCCGCUGGGCGCAGGUCCACGACGUGCGCCUCCUCACCACCCACCACACGCCGCAGCAGGCCGUGCUCGACAAGUACCGCGCCAAGCUCGACAGCAAGGCCCGCGCCGAGGGCCACGACUCCAUCGACAACCUGCGCGCCGCCUACGCCGACGAGAUCCUCGCCCAGCGCAAGAAGGACGCCCUCGACACCUCCGUCGAGCGGCUCAUCAUCCCGCAGACCGAGGGCACGCCCGUCGCCCAGCCCAACCGCGACGACGACAACGAUCCCGAGGCGCUCGCUCGCCAAGCCCGUCAGCGCGAGGCCGCUGCCGCUGCCGCCGCCGCCGCCGCCGCCGCCGGAGAGAAGCCGGCCGUCAAGACGCUCGACGACAUCCUCGACCUCGAAAAGGUGCGCGUGCUGCCCGAGAAGGAGAUCACCGCCAUCUGGCGCCUCCGCCACGUCUCCUCGCCCUCGCAACUGUGCGCCGUCAUCCCCGCCAGCACCUACGCCGCCAUGGAGGCGCUCGCCCGGCGCGCGCCGCAGUUCGUGCUGCCCGUGCCGCACGAGGAGCAGGGCGCCGAGAUGCACUUCCUGCAGUGGGUCUUUGACGCGCCCUCGCGCACCAGCACCGUCCUCUUCACCCGCCUCGCCGAGUACAAGACGCGCGGCGAGUUCGCCCAGCCGCACACCACCGUCACCCAUCACCUCGACCUCGCCGACGACAAGGGGCUCGUCCUCAUGCAGGGCCACCUCGCCGACGACCGCGGCGGCGUCCGCCCGGAGCACGCAAAGUGGUUGGCCAUGUGCCUCCAGCGCUUCUACGGCGGCUGGGAGGCGGGUGGUGCCGAGGUGGACGGCGCGCGCAAGGAGCGCGCGGAUGCGCGGAGGCAGCUGCUCGAGUGGUUCGCCGCGGGGGAUGCCCGCUUCAGCGUCGAAAAGCUGAUGGAGGAGGCCGAGCGCAUGGGUUGA